AUGCCUUCACAUUUUGAUACACUUCAAUUGCACGCUGGACAACCAGUUGAGAAACCUCACAAGCCUAGAGCACCACCAAUCUAUGCUACUACAUCAUACGUCUUUGAUGAUUCUAAGCAUGGUGCUCAAUUAUUCGGUUUAGAAACCCCCGGUUACAUUUACUCGCGUAUUAUGAACCCAACUAACGAUGUCUUUGAACAGAGAAUGGCAGCUUUGGAACAUGGUGUUGGUGCAGUUGCUACUUCUUCCGGUCAAUCUGCACAAUUCUUGGCUAUUGCAGGUCUUGCUCAUUCAGGCGAUAAUUUCAUUUCUACAUCUUUCUUAUAUGGUGGUACUUACAAUCAAUUCAAGGUUGCGUUCAAAAGAUUAGGAAUUGAAGCUAAAUUCGUUAAUGGAGACAAGGUUGAAGACUUUGCUAAGCUUAUUGAUGAAAAGACCAAAGCUAUCUACAUAGAAACAAUUGGAAACCCAAAGUACAAUGUUCCAGAUUUUGAAGCAAUUAGUAAGUUAGCUCAUGAUCACGGUAUUCCAGUUGUUGUUGACAAUACUUUUGGUGCUGGUGGUUAUUUGGUUAACCCAAUUGACCACGGUGCAGAUAUUGUCGUCCACUCUGCUACUAAAUGGAUUGGAGGACACGGUACCACCAUCGCCGGUGUUAUCAUAGAUUCUGGUAACUUCCCAUGGGAAAAACACCCAGAAAGAUUCCCUCAAUUUUCUAAGCCAUCCGAGGGAUACCAUGGCUUGGUCUUAAAUGACGCUUUAGGAAAGGCUGCUUUUAUUGGCCAUGUUAGAAUCGAAUUGUUAAGAGAUUUGGGUCCAGCUUUAAAUCCAUUUGGUUCAUUCUUAUUAUUACAAGGUUUAGAAACUUUGUCAUUACGUGUCGAAAGACAAUCAUACAACGCUUUGAAAUUAGCUCAGUACCUUGAAAAAUCACCUUACGUUGAAUGGGUUUCUUACUUAGGGUUACCAUCACACGAGUACCAUGAAAGAAGUAAGAAAUACUUGAAUAAUAAAGAUAUUUAUGGUGGUGCUUUAUCAUUUGGUGUUAAAGAUUUAGGUGAAAAUAAAGAAGAUCCAUUCCAAGAAGCAAGUCCAAAAUUUGUUGAUAAUUUGAAAGUUGCUUCUAACUUGGCCAAUGUCGGUGAUUCCAAGACAUUGAUCAUUGCACCAUACUACACUACACAUCAACAAUUAAGUGAUGAAGAAAAGAUUGCUUCUGGUGUUUCGAAGGAUUUAAUUAGAGUUUCUGUAGGUACAGAAUUUAUUGAUGACAUUAUUGAAGAUUUCGAACAGGCUUUCAAGACAGUCUUUGAGUCCUCUUAA